UAUUUUCAAACCCCAACAAAUCCUCCUUAAACCCAAAAACCCCCCAAUGGCCAACUUUCACUCUUCCAAAUCCGACGUCGACCACCGCCGUACCCGCAACCACCGCCACCACCACUGCCAACGCCAUCCAAAUCACCACCAAUCUCCCGGCGUUUGUUCUUUGUGUUUAACCGAAAAGCUCUCGAGAAUUAUCGCCCCCGCCGCUUCAUCGCGUAAUAAGAUCUCCAAUUCUCUUUCAUCUUCUUCUUCCUCUUCUUAUUACUCCUCUUGUUCCUCUGCUUCUUCUUCUUCCUCCUCUUCGCCGAAGCUUUACGGUUAUUACAAUUCGGAUAAUCAUCAUCCUCGUCGUAAGACGGCUUUUGUGUUUUCUGCGUCUUCGAUCUUUAAGAAGAGUAAAACGAUGGCGAGGUUGAAACGAGGAAUAACGACAACGGAGAGUGAUUGUGGAAAGAAGAGUAAUAAUACUGACUUAGGGUUUUGGUCGAGGUUUCUGAAUCGGCAUAGACUGAAGAGGAUGGAAUUUCAAGAGGUUUUGAUGCGUUCGAGAACUGUUGUACAGAGGAAUAACGUGCAUGGAUGAAUAGAAUCAAUCGAACACGUCUUGAAGAUUCGUUAAGAUUUUAUGAUUUCUUCAUUUUUUAUUUCUCCAUUUAAACAGAUUCGAUUACUUAGAUGGUUAGGGUUUGAUAAGACUUUGUUUGUGUAAAUAUGAAUUGAAAUCAUACGGGAGAUUGGUGAAGAUUGAAGAAAGGGUUUACGAUUAUCUCUUAUGAUUAUGUUUUGGAAUUUUAA